AUGGCUGCGGUCGGGAGUCAGUUAAAGAAGUCUAGCGUUGCUGGUUCAGCACGGAGUAAGGAAGACGGACAGAUGCCAGAUGAGGAGCAGCUGGAGCUGAGCAUGAAGCAGCUGAAUCUCCUACACGUCAAGGUGCGAGAAAAAACUUUUCUGAUGUUUGCCUGCCUUUUAGACCAGAAAUGGUCAAUGCUCAUACUUCCAUAUCGUCACUUCCGCACCUUCAUCGUAUUACUGACACAUGGCGGAAAACAGUGCCGGGAGUUGAGAACAACUGUGCAGCGCAUGCUAGAGGCUAUCCCGAAUAAUUCUACUGCCGAGGAAGUCUACGAGUGUUUCGUUAAGUCAGUCGUCGCCGCAACCACUCAGAUUAAGGACUUCAAUGCCCUUUACAACAGCGAGGAGAGUAAGAAGGUCCUCGACCAAGCUAAGAAGAGUCGCGACGCCAACCCCAAGGGAAUCAAACCUUGGCGUGCUAAAGACCACCCUGACUGGUUGGAUCUCGCUCAAUAG